GUGACGUUCGUGCAGUUUUUGCAUACAAGCACGAUUUGAUAAAUUGGAUUGUUUAGACUUAUUGAUUUGACUUGGUGUGUUUAGUUUUUAAAGUUUUAAAAUUCAAGUGCAUGCGGUUCAAGCACGCAAAUCGACAGUUUUUAGGUGCUUCACGUCAGGUGCCUGUCAGCAGAAUAUAAUGUGAUUUAUGAGCUCAUGGUCUUCGUUCAGUCAACAACAACAAGCAAACAAGCAUCUGCGAUGACCCUGUAAACUCAUGCUGCAUUGAAACGCUGAAGGGACAUUCUGUUAAGGUUCCUUUCUCAUCAUGAAUUUGACUGAGAUUUGCGACAAUGCUAAGAAAGGAAGAGAAUAUGCAUUACUGGGGAACUAUGACUCAUCAAUGGUGUACUAUCAAGGUGUUAUACAGCAGAUUCAUAAGCACUGCCAGUCCCUCAGAGAUCCUGCCCUCAAAGUCAAAUGGCAGCAAGUUCGGCAGGAGCUGGCAGAGGAAUAUGAGCAGGUGAAAAGCAUCGUAAACACCCUGGAGGGUUUUAAGGUGGACAAACCAUUUGAUUUCCCCAACACUCAGCCUGAAGAGAGCCCAAGGGACCCUGAAAUCUGGCCUCCCCCAAUGCCAGCUGAGCACAGGGCACCUGCCCAGGUGAAAAAGCCAAUCCCUGUCUCAAAGCCCCAGAGGAAAGACUCACCUGGAAUGCAGCAUCGUGGACAUGUGGGGAGGGGUCAGCCGAACAUCAAAUCAGAUAGGCCAAACACCCGAGAUGGACGUGGAAAUAAAGCUAAAGAUGAAAAAAGUAAGAAGAAUGCCCAAGAAGGAGCUGGUGAUGGGGAACAGAGGAAGUUUGAUGGCACAGGCUAUGACAACGAUCUGGUGGACGCACUGGAGAGGGAUAUCGUGUCCAGGAAUCCCAAUAUUCACUGGGAUGACAUAGCAGAUCUAGAAGAUGCCAAGAAGCUGCUGAGAGAGGCUGUGGUCCUGCCUAUGUGGAUGCCAGACUUCUUCAAGGGGAUCCGUCGCCCAUGGAAGGGAGUGCUGAUGGUGGGGCCUCCAGGCACAGGGAAGACCAUGCUGGCCAAAGCCGUUGCCACUGAAUGUGGCACAACCUUUUUCAAUGUGUCGUCCUCCACGCUUACCUCAAAGUACAGAGGAGAAUCUGAGAAACUAGUGCGGCUGCUCUUUGAAAUGGCUCGUUUUUAUGCCCCCACAACAAUAUUUAUUGAUGAAAUCGACUCUAUUUGCGGGAGACGGGGCACAUCAGAUGAACAUGAAGCCAGUCGUAGAGUAAAAUCAGAAUUACUGGUGCAGAUGGACGGAGUAGGAGGUGCUCAAGAGAGUGAUGAUCCCUCUAAAAUGGUAAUGGUCCUGGCUGCCACUAACUUCCCCUGGGACAUUGAUGAGGCCUUAAGGAGAAGACUGGAAAAGAGAAUCUACAUUCCACUACCCACUGCUAAAGGACGGGCAGAACUGUUAAAGAUCAACCUUAGGGAAGUUGACGUGGCUUCUGAUGUGGAUCUCACCAUCAUUGCUGAAAAAAUCGAGGGUUAUUCAGGAGCUGACAUCACCAACGUCUGCAGAGAUGCAUCAAUGAUGGCGAUGAGACGGAGGAUCCAGGGUCUCACUCCAGAGGAGAUCAGGGCUCUUUCUAAAGAUGAGCUGCAGAUGCCAGUCACGAUGGAGGACUUUGAGCUUGCACUCAAAAAGAUCUCAAAAUCCGUCUCUGCUGCUGACCUGGAGAAAUACGAGUCUUGGAUGUCUGAGUUUGGAUCUGUUUGAAGAGAAACAACAGAGAAAUAAGAAUGCAGAAAAUUCCCAAUUUAAAUGUUACACUCUGGACCGAGACAUGGUUUUAUUUCUCAACACAUUUAAAUAUAUGAUGCUACUGACAACUGUAGUCAAACCGGUGUUCUGAUGUGUUUUGGUUUUGGUUAUGCUUGGACCAAGAAGCAGUCACACCUUGAACUGUCAAAAUUUCACUACCGGCACUAUACGCUGGUGGUAUUACACUGAGACACCUUUAUUCAUUAUUUCAAGCAUUUCAGUUUCAAGUCAUUUCUAAUUUUGUUCUCUGUUAACAGAAAUGGAAUGAGUUGGUAAUGAUGUGUUUUAAUUUUAGAGUUACAGAGCUGUGAAAAUGAUACUUGACAAGGGAGAACAGCAUUAUACUGGUAUUGUGCUGUAUGUUUUUUUUAAUGUUUGAUUGUGUGUAGAGACUCAUGUUCGGUGUUUUAUUUGUUUUACUAAUGAUAUUUCAUGUCAUUUAUAGUCAUAAUAAAAUAAACAUUAAUUCUC